GUCCGGCCGCGGUCCGCUUGCACACGCUCCAAAAUGUCCAAGAUCGAGAUGCUGCGUCUGCUGAUCAACCAGCGGCUCACCGAGGCCGCGGAGGAAAUCUUCUCCGUGUUUGGACGAACCAUCGCCGAGUAUCAGGAAGAGAUCGCCCAGUACAAGCUGGAGCUCGAGCGUCAGCGCCGCCUGCUGGAUCUCUCUCGGACGCCUCUGGUUGCUUUACCGCCGCCGCGACUCGAAGGCAGCUGCGAACCUCCAUGUCUGCAGCCGGUUCUUGACCAGUCGGAUCCUGUUCCCGUCAAGCAAGAAGAAGAAGAAGAGGAUGAGGAGAAUGAGGACGAGGAGAAGGAGGACGGCUUCGGGCAGGACCAGAGGUUGACUCUGCAUGAUGACGGAGCCCUGGAAGACUCGGCAGAUGUCAGUCACCAGCUGGACUCGGAUGAGGAGGACCGGCCGUCCGCCAUGUCCUACAUAUGCACGGUGUGUGGACAGACCCUUCCGGACCGGGCUCGCUGGACUCGGCACAUGCACGCCCACCGCCGCUCGGACCGCUCCUUCACGUGCGACAUCUGCGGCAAGCGGCUGACACGCUGGGACGGCUACCAGAAGCACCUGCGUGUGCACACGGGCGAGAAGCCGUACUGCUGUGAGGCGUGCGGCCGGCGCUUCAGCGACAAUUCCAACUACAAACGGCACGUGCGCACACACCACGCUGGACUCAGACCUGACAACAUGGAGUCCUGACUCCCAAGGGUUUAUGACUCCCAAGUUUUAAGGCGACAAACAGUGCAUCUUGUGGGUUCAGAUACGUAGUUUUGCAUCACAAACUGUUUUGUAAAUAAAUAUAUGUUGUCUAACGCUAAAUUUCCAGGUUUCAGAUGUUAUUUUUGUGUAAAAUUUAAAUUGUUUUGUCUAUUUUUCAAAAUAAAUAAAUAGUUUUGUCAGUUUUCCUGUUUAAAAAGUAAAAGUAAGUUGAAUUAUGUUUCAUCCUAAUCGGGAGCUGUGGCAGUGCAAGUGGGGCGUUCAUAG